CGUUCUCUCUCUGCAGUGAAUUUUAGGGUUUGGUGAGGGGGCUCUUGACGGUGAAAGAGAGGGUUUAAUCGUGAAAUGAUGUCUCCCUUAAACGAUGUCUCAGUUCCCUCUAAGUUCGAGUCUUGAAUCGACGUCGUUCUCUUCUUCUCUGCUCCUUCAGGGCCUAAAAAAACCCUAAAUUUUGGUUUCGGUUUGGACUUUGUUCACGAACGUCCUCCUCCUUCUCAAUCCUGUGAGACUCGGUUAGGACAAAAGUCGCGAUUUGCUGUAGGUGUGGCUGGGAUUUCGAAUUCGGUUCUGUGCAGAGAAGGAGUUAUUCUAAGGGAACUUGUGAAUGGCUUGUAAAGCAAAGCUUAUGAUUCCUGAGGAUGAGAAGUACGAAGGAAAGCCAUAUGCCCUUUCACACACAAGGACCGCCAUUACAACAAUAAAGGCGAAGUUCAAUACGCAGCAGUUACAGAGGUUCGAGGGAAGUUGUUUUGGUCAUCUAUUACUGAUAGAGGACCUGAAGUGGAAUUCACAAAUUGUCCACGGCCUGUUGAUGAGGAAGGCUGAUCCUAAGACAGUUACACAGGUGAACGGGAUAAAAUUCAUUGUGGGUAACAAGUUGAUACAAUUCACAGCCCAACAAUUUUGCCUCAUCACGGGGCUAAGGUUCGGAAAGCUCCCUUUCAUUCCGAAGGCGACAAAUGAAAAUUGCUCGUUGAAGCGAAAAUACUUCAGCACCAAUAAACCUGCCACCCUUUUGGACCUACACACCGCCUUCAUCGAGUGCACAGAUGAUGAGGAUGCGUUAAAGCUUGGAAUGGUCUAUUUUGCCAAUUUUGUUCUAUUGGGUACUGAAAAGCAUGUGCUUAUUGACAUGCGCUAUUUGAAGUUGGCUGAAGACCUAGAGGAGUUUGACAAGUAUCCAUGGGGCGCAGUGUCAUAUGCAAUGACAAAUGCUUCACUGUUGAGGGCAGUUUGUGCUGAAUACCAACGAGUCAAAGUGCCCCAAAAAAGAAAAAUGCCCAAACAACGUGGAAAGAGAACGCAGACAAGAAUGCGAAGUGGUAGACCAAGAGAGUACAUCAUAAGGGGGUUUGGCUUCGCUCUUCAGAUUUGGGCCUUUGAAGUGUUCCCAGCUUUGGAAGCAUUGCAUUUCACGGUCCAUGAAGACAAUAGGCACAUCCCUCGAAUAUUACAUUGGAGGAGCAACACGGUGGCCCGUUUUCGGGACGUUAUGAGUCAGGUUUUUGAAAACUUUGAGGUUGAUGUGCAACUUCUCCGGCCAACAGAUAUUGAGAAGCAACAACCUUACUGGAGUUGGGGUGAUGAUGACAACGAAGAACCAAUGGUUGAAUUAUUUGGGGAUGAGGCCGAAGAAAAAACCGGCACUUCUAGUGAAGAAAAAGACGCGGAUGUUGAGGAAACAGCCACCCUUCCCUCCUCUUCUAAGGCCAAAGGGUCUGUUAAUGACGUUCGCAGUUUGAAGCAUCAAUUACGCAGCACUAAGGAUCAGUUGGCUAAGCUACGUAGUUCAAAUCGGGGGCUUAGGAACAGAGUUCGUGACUUGGAAGCUAUUGUACAGAAGAACUGUUUGAAGCAUGAGAACGAGUGUGACAGAAAUAAAAAGGCUAUUCGGGAUUUGACCCUAAAAAUUGCUGAAGUCGAACAUUAUUUGAAGUUGGAGAUGGAGGAGUUAAAAAAAAAUUAUGGUGGAGAAGCCCAUGAGGAAGUCUGUACUGCCCAGAUGAAUGACGGAGGGCAGAAUGAUUUGUCACCCGUAAAUGAACCUACUAGUCCGACUACAGCAGCACCUAAAAUGGACACUCAAGUUCCAGCUGAUGGAGUAGAACCCUUCCCAGGCAUGCAUACAGAACGGGGUGAAAUGGAAGCACCAGUCUGUGGUGAUGGAGUGGAACACUUUCCAGCCUCAGAUCAACAAGGGGCUCCAAGGGAACCAGAAGUCCCUGCUGAUAGAGUGGAACCCUUCCCAGCCAUGGAAGUCAUAGACACUGAAAUUGAAACUUCAGUUCCUGAGAGGCAAGUGGACCAACAACCUCACAAGGUUCCUACCGCUGAAGAUGUGAAGCUUCCUAGUGUUGAAGAUGCCCUCCUUCCUACUCCGGAAGAUGGGAAUGGGUAUAGAGUUAUUUGUAAAACAAUGUUACAUUUGUUACAGGAUUGGAAGAAGACAGAAAUUGAGGGGGUGGGAUCCAAGGUCAGGCCUCCCAUGAAAUGUAACAUAACUGUGGUUGGUGAUGAAGGGGAUGAAGGGGACAACGAGGCUACUGCCACGGUUCGGAAACCAGCUGGUGAAGGCAAAGGGUGCAGACUUAAGCGGGCUGCGACACCAUUGUUGAGUCCAUUCACCGAUCCCUCCAGGAAAAAGAGGAAGGUUACUGAUUUGCAUGCACAGACACCUCAGCCCCGUUUUGAUCCAACAAAACCCGUGGCCAUGGACGAUGUGAAGGCUAUCAUACAACUUUGCAGGGCUUGGAAAACUGACAUCAGUGCGGAGCUGGAGCUCGAACCAUUUGAAGUUGGGGCAGAUUUUUUUUUACAAACUGUUAGAUGAAACUGCAUGGAUGAGCUCGAGGCACCUUGACAUGGCCAUGUUUCUAAUACGCAAAAGACAACUCUCUCAUCCGCAACUAUUUGGAAGGGAGUGGACAACCGCCGAGUUUUGUCUGCAGCAAUUUUUACAGCCGUUUGCAAUGCCAAGUGGGAAACGAGUCACGAGGAAACAAUCUGCUGCAAGCACCGUUCACCCUCCCCCUAACUACCUCAAAAAUGUACACCACUUUGUCAAUGGGUCAUGGCAACAUGGGUAUGCGCAAGCAUGGACGAAAGUGCGCAAGGUCUAUCUCCCGUAUAAUGUUCGACAGUCCCAUUGGGUAGCAGUAGAAGUCGACUUUGUGCGACAUACUGUCACUGUCUAUGACUCGUAUUCUGAUUUUACCUCCAACAGUAUGCUUGUCCGAUUCAUGGAGCCUAUUACCCAUACGCUUGCAAAGGUGCUGCAUGAAAUGAGGUUUUAUGAGAAAUCGGAGGUUGAAGCAGUGAAGAGAAAGGGGACUGACAUGUCAAACUUUAACCCAUUCACAAUUUGCAGAAUUUCCGAUGUUCCUCAACAAACUGAUGGUACUUCAUGUGGCAUUAUGACAGUCAAAUUUAUUGAGUACCUUAGUGCCGGCAUUCCUUUACAUACCAUUGACCCAUCGAAGUUUGGCUACUACCGAUUGAAGCUUGCAAUCGAGGCUUUGAGGGGGGAGGCCUAUGUAUGAGGUGGUCCUUCCAGCUUCAUACCCAUAUUGACAUCUCAGAUUCUGUACAUGGAUGUGAAAGAAGUUGCAGGCUGUUUUGUCGUAUUGUGAAUCUUGAAACUGCCUAAGCAGUUUUUGCGUAACAUGGCACAAUUUUUGACAUUUUGCUCACCACGCGAUAAAGUGGGGUGCUUUUGUAGUAGGUUGCAGGGUGUUAUUUAUGUAACGGAAUUCAACUGUACUUGUCUUCCAUGGUAGAAGGGCUGUAUUCACUUUCCUUUGUUAGAACUAAUUGUUGACAUUCUGUGCUUAAGAAAUUCCUGUAAAUCCAUA